GUCUUUAAAAAAAAGUGUUCAAAAAAAAUCAAUUCAAAUAAAACAACAUAAAUUAUUACGAAAUAGGUUUUUUCAUUUAAAAAACCUCUCGUUUAAAAUUAUUAACAGAAUUUAAAUAAAGAUCGCAUAAAAAUGGUUGGAACCACAGUCUUAAAGCGUGUAGACGAGAAUGAAUCUGCUGCUUUCAAACAAGUCAAAAAAUUAGGUGGUAUUACCUCCACUGAGGUUACCAAAAGAGCUGCAUUAGGUGAUUUACAAAAUCGUGGUGUUGUACGUACUAUCGCUGCCAAGGAUGCCGCCCAAAAGGACCUGAAGGAUAAUAAUAGACUUCAAAAUGCAUUACGGGCCACAAAGGCACGCGUUGAUACACAAUGGAAAAAGACCACCACGACUACGACAAACACAACAGCAAAUGCUGUAGCUGCUGCAACAAAAACAAAUGUAACAACUGGAGAAGUGCAAAAAACAACAGCCGCUGCUGGCCAACGUAAAAUCCUAACACGUUCCAAUUCGGUGCGUUUGGGUACCAGCAGUACCACUACCACAGGACUGGGUCUACAAAGACACGCCUCAUCCCAUUUGCUUGUUGGACAAAAUAGAGUUAAGACGUUGACCACAAAAGUGAUCGAGAACAAAGUGCAACAACAAGUAAAAAUUAAAGCUGAUGUCGAUGAAAACAAACAAGAGGGAGGAACCACAUUGCGCCGUGAAGAUAGCAAUUUGUCACGCAAAUCUUUGACAAAAAUCCAAGCAGCCAUUACACAAAAGGCAGCUGCUGCUGGCACCAUUAAGCCCACAUUAGUGAAAAGCACAUCCAACAUCGCAUCAGUGCCCAUCAAAAAAGAAGUACAAAUUGAGAAUAAAAAGGAAGAUAAAUUGAAAAUCGUCAGUAUUCAGUCACACUCUUCCAAAUUGUUGGAUGAUGUCAAGGAUAUUGAUGAGGGUGAUGGUGAAAAUUUAAUAUUGGUUUCGGAAUAUGUCAAUGAUAUUUAUGCCUACCUCUACAAAUUGGAAACCGAACAGCCGGUGCACAAGAAUCAUUUGGAAGGUCAAACUGAAGUUUAUGCUAAAAUGCGUGCCGUUCUCAUUGACUGGAUAAAUGAGGUGCAUACACAAUUCCAUUUGGUGGCGGAAACAUUCCAAUUAGCUGUGGCCAUUAUUGAUCGUUAUUUGCAAACGGUAAAGGAUACCAAGCGUUCGCACUUGCAGUUGGUAGGUGUAACCGCUCUGUUUAUAGCCGCCAAAUACGAGGAGCUCUUUCCACCAGCCAUUGCUGAUUUCAUCUAUAUCACCGAUGACACCUAUACCGGCAAACAAAUACGUCAAAUGGAAUUGCAAAUAUUCAAAGCAUUGGGCUGCAAUCUCUCGCGGCCAUUGCCCAUACACUUUUUACGUCGUUUCUCCAAGGCAGCCGAUGCCGAGGAUAAUCAUCAUGCCAUGUCGAAAUACUUUUUGGAAUUGGCUAUGAUUGAAUACGAUAUGUCUCAUUAUAAACCAUCGGAGAUUGCUGCUGCUUCUCUAUUCUUAUCACUAAAUAUACUAAAAGAAAAUACUAAUAGCUCCUGCGGCCUUAGCAAUAAACACUGGAAUUCCACUCUGGAAUGGUAUUCGAGAUAUUCGCCCGAGCAUUUAAGGCCAAUUGCCAAAAAGAUUGCUACCGUGGCUCGCAAUGCUCCCAGUGCUAAACUCAAGGCUGUGUAUACAAAAUAUCAGGCCACGAAAUUCCAAAAGGUUUCCAUGCGUUCUGAAUUAUACAGCACGUUCAUGGAUUCCAUAGUAAGCGGCAAGUAAUGGUAACGAUGUAGCGAACAAAGUAUUACUAGUGUUAAGAAUAUUACCAGAACAAACAAAAAAAAAGCAAGUAAAGAAAAUUUGUAUUUCAAACAAAUACAUGAUUUAUUUUAAUCAUUUCUAAUCUAACACUUAGAACAGAAUCAUUUUCUACAUAGUCCUUUAUAGUUAGUAUAAUUGUUUAUUUUUUAUUUUAUCUUCUUACAUUUCAAUUCUAUGCUUAAUAAUCUGGUUUUUAUUUAUAGAUAUUUAAAAAAGAAAAACAUCCCCCUUAUUGACAAUACAUUACAAAUUUUGCUAAUUUCAAUUAUAAGUAUAUAAACAAAACUCAAUUGUAUAAUUUGCCCAUUUAAAUAUUUAGAAAGCCUUAAUUAAGCUGGAAUUAGAAACAAACAAAAUUAUUGGUUUUUCACAAAAUAUGAAGUGAUUCUUCUCCUAGAAAACAUUUAAUAAAUUUGUUUCAUUACACAUCACUGCUUAAAUGUGAUGUUAUGAACACAGACAAAAUUUAAAUAAACAAAAACCGUUUCAAUACAUAGUCCUCCCUCAUUUGCUUUUAAAACUACUAUAGGCGCGGCGCGACUCGGCAUUUUGACACCGAAUUUACUCCAUAUUAGGAAUCUCCCCACAGCAAUUUUGGCUUGAUUUGCUUAACUUGGCAAAACUAUGACUCAAAAAGGAGCAGCUGUAUUGUAUAGUUUAUCUUUUAGUCUUAUAUCUUCUCUUUACAAUUUUCAAACCACCAAAUCGCAUUUGCUGGCUACAUAAAUAUGCGAUAACCUUUUAACUGAUCCAACUACUAUUACUUCUCUUUUAUAACAUUUAUAUCUCUUAGAUCUUAUUUUACAUAAAUUUGUUUGCUUUAAAUAUUAUUAAAAUAAUGUUCAAACACAAUAAGCGACUGAUUUUAAUAUUUUUUUUUUAUUCAUUUCUUCUUCUAUAGAAAAGCAAAAACAUUCGUUUAUUAUUUAUAUUUUUAAGUUAUUUUUUUUAUUUUCCAUAUUAUGUUUCAUUAUUAUUUUUGUGUAUGAUGAAAAAUUCUCGUUCCAUUAUUAUUUAUACUUGUUAAACUCUUCAAAGAACAAAUUAAAAAAAAGCUGUCUACCACUUUACUUUAAACAAUAAACAUUUGUUUAUAAACAAUUAGAAAAAGAUCUUUUCGAAGACGCUUUAAGAGUUUUUUUUUGUUAAAUAAAAUUGGCGCUUGUGUUUAUUUGGUGACGUUCCAAGUGUAUGUUACACGAUGUCUUUUUAUUAUUUUUAUUUUUAAACUUUUCAUUUGUAUUUUUUUUUUUGUCAUUAAAUAUUUUUUUUUUAAUUAAUUCAUAAAAAUAUACGCAAAAACAUUGUAAACAUAAGUCAAUAAUACAAAUUAUAAAAUAUACAAAAAUAAAUAUAAAUUAUUUUAAAUAAUA